AUGUAUGACGACGAUGAAGAAAUGGAAGAAAUGCCAUUCGAGGAGGAAGAUGAAGAAAUUUCUUCAGAACAGUGGCAGGAGGCUUGUUGGGUAGUAAUUUCUGCUUAUUUCGAUGAAAAAGGCUUAGUUCGUCAACAGUUGGAUAGUUUCGAUGAAUUUAUUCAAAUGAACGUUCAACGCAUUGUUGAAGACUCUCCUCCUGUUGAGCUUCAAUCAGAAAAGUUCGGAUUUGAUAUUCGGAUCAACUUUUUCAAAUAUCCUGUUAAUUUUAGUGGAAAAAUUUAUCUGUCGAAACCAACACAUUGGGAGAAGGAUGGAGCGCCAACACCGAUGAUGCCUAAUGAGGCUCGAUUAAGGAAUCUUACCUAUUCAUCGCCAUUAUACAUUGAUAUAACGAAAACAAUGUCAAGGGAAGGUGAUGAACCAAAAGAUACUAAAUAUGAGAAAGUUUUUGUUGGCAAAAUUCCAAUAAUGUUAAGAUCUUCAUAUUGUAUGCUGGCGAAUAUGUCAGAUCGUGAUCUAACUGAACUCAAUGAAUGUCCGCUUGAUCCUGGCGGAUAUUUUGUCAUCAAUGGUUCAGAAAAAGUUUUAAUUGCGCAGGAAAAAAUGGCCACUAAUACUGUUUACGUAUUUGCAAUGAAGGAUGGUAAAUAUGCUUAUAAAACAGAAUGUCGGUCAUGUUUAGAAAAUUCAAGUCGGCCAACAUCAACGCUUUGGGUGAAUAUGAUGGCUCGUGGAGGUGGAGCUCAAGGGAAGAAAACAUCUAUGGGUCAAAGAAUCGUUGCUAUUCUUCCCUAUAUUAAACAGGAGAUCCCCAUUAUGAUUGUAUUCCGAGCUUUGGGUUUUGUUUCUGAUCAUGACAUUCUCGAACAUAUUAUUUAUGAUUUCGAUGAUCCUGAAAUGAUGGAAAUGGUUAAACCUAGUUUGGACGAAGCAUUUGUUAUACAGGAGCAAAAUGUUGCGCUGAAUUUCAUUGGUGCGCGUGGUGCGAAACCAGGUGUAAACAAAGAACAGCGAAUGAAGUAUGCAAAAGAAAUUCUUCAAAAAGAAAUGCUUCCUCAUGUUGGGGUUUCCGACUUUUGUGAGACCAAAAAAGCAUAUUUUCUGGGUUAUAUGGUUCAUCGUUUAUUACUGGCAGCUCUUGGUCGUAGAGAAUUGGAUGAUCGAGAUCAUAUUGGGAAUAAACGGCUUGAUCUUGCUGGUCCUUUGUUGGCAUUCCUUUUUCGAGCAUUAUUUAGAAAUCUUCUCAAAGAAGUGCGAUUAACUGCCCAAAAAUAUAUCAAUAAAAAUGGUGAUUUCAUAUUAGAUGUAUGUGUUAAGACAUCGACAAUAACUCGGGGCUUGGCUUAUUCCUUAGCUACUGGUAAUUGGGGCGAUCAGAAAAAAGCACAUCAGUCUAGAGCUGGUGUUAGUCAGGUGCUGAAUCGCCUCACAUAUACAGCUACAUUAUCGCAUUUGCGCCGCUGCAAUUCUCCGAUAGGUCGUGAAGGUAAAUUGGCUAAACCACGACAACUUCAUAAUACUCAGUGGGGAAUGGUUUGUCCUGCCGAAACACCAGAAGGGCAAGCUGUUGGUUUGGUCAAAAAUUUAGCUCUUAUGGCUUAUAUCUCAGUAGGAAGUUUACCAGAACCGAUUCUCGAAUUUUUGGAAGAAUGGUCAAUGGAAAAUUUAGAAGAAGUUGCACCUGCAUCUAUAUCAGAUGCCACAAAAAUUUUCGUUAACGGGUCUUGGGUUGGAAUUCACCGCGAUCCUGAGCAGUUGAUGUCCACAUUGAAAAAAUUGCGUCGAGAAAUGGAUAUUGUCGUCUCAGAAGUUUCAAUGGUACGUGAUAUUCGCGACCGUGAAAUUCGGAUUUAUACCGAUGCUGGCCGUGUUUGUCGACCAUUGUUAAUUGUUGAGAAACAGAAACUCGCUCUUAAAAAGAAACAUAUCGACCAGUUGAAAGAUACAAGUAUAAACUAUUCCUGGUCAGAUCUUGUCGCUGGAGGUGUAGUUGAAUUAAUAGAUGCCAUGGAAGAAGAAACUAUAAUGUUGGCUAUGAUGCCAGAAGAUUUAAAAGCUGGGGGAUAUUGUGAUACUUACACACAUUGUGAAAUUCAUCCAGCUAUGAUUCUUGGAGUUUGUGCAUCUAUAAUUCCAUUUCCAGAUCAUAACCAAAGUCCAAGAAAUACAUAUCAAAGUGCUAUGGGAAAACAGGCUAUGGGAGUCUAUACGACUAAUUUUCAUGUUCGUAUGGAUACGCUUGCACAUGUUUUAUAUUAUCCUCAAAAGCCACUUGUUACAACUCGGUCGAUGGAAUAUCUCAGAUUCAACGAAUUACCAGCCGGAAUCAAUGCAAUCGUUGCCAUUUUAUCAUAUACUGGAUAUAACCAAGAAGAUUCCAUAAUAAUGAAUCAAUCUGGAAUCGAUCGUGGUUUGUUCAGAUCGGUGUUUUACCGAUCCUACCGUGACGAAGAGGCUAAUCUGGACAAUGCAAAUGAGGAAAUAAUUGAAAAACCUUCUAAAGAAAAAUGUUCCGGCAUGCGAUAUUGUUUAUAUGAUAAACUGGAUGAUGACGGCAUUAUUUCGCCGGGAAUGAGAGUUUCUGGGAAUGACGUUAUUAUCGGAAAGACUAUAGCAUUACCUGAUACUGAUGAUGAUUUGGAUGCCAAUGUUAAACGAUAUACAAAACGAGAUUCUAGUACCUAUUUACGCAGCAGCGAAACUGGUAUUGUUGAUCAGGUGAUGUUAACAUUGAAUACCGAUGGUAAUAAAUUUGUAAAGGUUCGCGUAAGAUCAGUGCGUGUGCCGCAGAUAGGUGAUAAGUUUGCGUCUCGUCAUGGUCAAAAGGGAACUAUGGGUAUAAUGUACAGACAGGAAGAUAUGCCUUUCACAAAUGAAGGUAUUACUCCUGAUAUCAUCAUAAAUCCUCAUGCAGUUCCAUCUCGAAUGACGAUUGGUCAUCUUAUAGAAUGUUUGCAAGGGAAGUUAUCAGCUAAUAAAGGUGAAAUUGGUGAUGCUACACCGUUUAAUGAUACUGUUAAUGUCCAAAAGAUUAGUAACCUUCUGCAAGAAUACGGUUAUCAUUUACGAGGCAAUGAAAUCAUGUAUAAUGGGCAUACUGGUCGAAAACUGACAACCCAGGUAUUCUUGGGUCCUACCUAUUAUCAACGGUUGAAACAUAUGGUAGAUGACAAAAUCCAUUCAAGAGCUCGAGGUCCCGUUCAAAUGAUGAAUCGUCAGCCUAUGGAAGGAAGAGCGAGGGAUGGGGGUCUUCGUUUUGGAGAAAUGGAACGGGAUUGCCAGAUUUCUCAUGGUGCUGCGCAAUUUCUUCGUGAACGCUUGUUCGAAGUAUCUGAUCCAUAUCACGUUUAUAUUUGCAAUAAUUGCGGUUUAAUUGUUGUCGCUAAUUUACGGACGAAUUCUUUUGAGUGCAAGGCAUGUCGAAAUAAAACACAAGUUUCAGCUUUACGAAUACCUUAUGCAUGUAAAUUGCUAUUCCAGGAACUUAUGUCAAUGUCAAUCGCACCGAGACUAAUGGUCUCUUAA